UUAUUAAUUCAUGACAUUUAUUUGCAUACAGUCAGUAUUUGCAAUAAGUAAUUAUUUUCUUAAAUAUUUAUAGUACAAUUUUUUUACAACAUCAUACUUACCAUGAACGAUUGUAUGAUGUAGCUAUUAUGGAUGGCAUACACAGUUUCUAAAAUUUAUUUAUAAAAAAAAAAGACAUUUCCCAAUCGAUUAUUUACUAUACAUAAAGGUCGAUUGAUACCUAAAUACUUAAAUGACCUGGGAUAUCACAACAGAUUUUGAGUACGUCGUGACGAAGAAGCUUCCGCCGAGAAUAUGUUUUGGGACCGGCCUGGCCAGGGAUGUGUUGCCAAUAAAAGGACCGUGCGUGAGUUCUUUUAUGAAGAGAAACGUUGCUGAAGUGAGACCCAAUCUGGGUCCAGGAAGUUACGAUAUCAAACGUGACGCUUUCUACGAUGUUGAGAAUAGGAUUUACAGCAAGAAUGGUCUCGGAUCGAAAGUGCCGCGAUGGAAAACGAAACAUGAGUACCAGCCGCCUGCUCGUGAAGUUCCACCUGAAAAACCAGCUGAACAGAAUUGUGCUCCGUUCAACUCAACUUCGAAACGAAAGGGAAUAUUUAAAACGACUUCAUGUCCAGCGCCCUGUGACUACUGUCCUGAAUACAGGAAGCGUCAAAUGAAGUUCGCUUACAGUUUUUCAGGAAAGAAAGUUCUGAAAUGUGCUGUUCAAAUCAAAUGUGUGCCGUAUAAUUUGGAUGCCUGCGGGUUUUGCGGCUGUUCCUGCUCAGCGCAAGGCGACUAUUGGCAGUACGAGAAUCGCAUAUUUCUCUGUCGAAAACAUUACGCGAGACUGUUCAGGCAUUGCCUAGCAAAGUUUCAAGGCGCUAAGCUGGCAGAAUUUAAGUCUGUCAGAGAUUGUUUCUUCGCACAUUCCCACAAUAGCUGUAAAGCUGCUCUGAAGAUCAUGAAGAGUGAAGAUAUCGAAAAGAAGCUGAGAAAAGAAGCCUAUCUUGAUUUAUAUUUCCCUCAACGUCGUUUUUGUAAUGAAUAGAAAAGGUUUUUUUUUUUCAAUGUGGUAAAUAGGCAUGCGUAUAAAUUCAUAGUUCCUUAAGUUGUAAUAAAUAAAUAAAAUGCUGUAGUUAUCUGUACAACCACUUUUAGGAUUAUAUUUCUAUUUAAUAACGUUUUUAUAUUCUAUCAUCCCAUAGACGUCCACUGCUGGGCUUUGGAAUGUAAUUCUAAGUUGUAAUUGGAAUGUCUUCAAGGAAAUAAAAUCUUAUGUGUUCGAAUAA